AUGGUUGCGCAUCCCGGCGACGGUGAAGACGGCCUCGUGUCCAAGCCCCUCACGGAGACGAAGGCCAACGAUCUCGAACCUGCCAACUUCCACACCGGCCUCGCUUGGAUGGCUGUGAAUACAUUUGCCACUGUCGGCAUCGUCUUCACCAACAAAGCCAUUUUCUCCGACCCGUCCUGGAAGCGGUGUCAGCUCUCCUUUGCCUCGUUUCACUUCCUCAUCACUUGGAUGACGCUGUUUGUCCUGUCCAGGCCAGCCUUUUCCUACUUCGUCCCACGAAGAGCUUCUCUGCAGCAUUUGCUGCCUCUUGCGAUAGCCAUGUGCCUGAACGUCAUACUUCCAAACCUCUCAUUGGCGUACUCGUCCAUCACAUUCUACCAGGUCGCACGCAUUCUUCUCACGCCCACCGUCGCCGUCAUGAACUACGUGUUGCACGGCUCCAAGCUCCCGUGGCUCGCCAUCGCCGCUCUUAUUCCCGCUUGCUUAGGCGUCGGCAUGGUGUCCUACGAUGCAAGCAUCAAGACGACCUCGCAACUCGGCAUCGUUUUCGCCUUUAGUGGCAUCUUCGCCUCCUCGCUCUAUACAGUCUGGAUUGCGAGUUACCAUCGCAAGUUGCAGAUGACCAGCAUGCAGCUGCUCUACACUCAGGCCCCCAUUGCUUCUGUUCUCCUUCUUUACGCGAUUCCGUUUGUUGAUGCUUUCCCAGUCUGGGUCGACGUCGAGCGCCACAGGUGGUUCAUGAUUGGAUUAUCGGGCGGCUUCGCGUCUCUCAUCAACCUUUCGCAGUUCUUCAUCGUUGCACAGGCCGGCCCGGUUUCAAGCACUGUAGUUGGGCAUCUCAAGACAUGCACAAUUGUCGCAAUAGGUUGGAUAACGUCCGGCAGGACCCUGGAGGACAAGGCAAUGGUCGGUGUUGUUGUUGCUAUUUGCGGGAUCAUGGCGUACUCCAUCGUCAUGCUAGAGCACGGCGGCAAACCUCGUUAA